AUGACUGCGUUUUACCGGAUACUUUUCCUUUUAUCUGUGGCCAUGGCCUCUGCGGCAACACGCAAGUCCCAGCGGACUAAAAGAGGACUACUCGAGCUGGCAGGAGCCAUCAAAUGCAGCACCGGAAGAUCUGCUUUGGCUUACAUGAUGUAUGGAUGCUACUGCGGACUGGGUGGUCAAGGCUGGCCCAGAGACAAGGCAGACUGGUGCUGCCACAGGCACGACUGCUGUUACGGAGAAGCUGAACUUCUUGGCUGCCAUACCAAAACAGACCAGUAUAAGUGGACAUGUGAUGACAAGAAAGCUGAAUGUGAUGAUUUGAAGGACAAAUGUGAAAAGCUGCUGUGCAAGUGUGACAGAGACGCUGCCAAAUGUUUGAGAAAAGCACCUUUCAUCCGGAAAUAUGCCUUAUGGCCAGAUUUCCUCUGUGGUUACGAACAUCCAAUGUGUAAUAUUUACUGA